UCCGUGGUUUUGCGUGAUGACGUAGGCGGUGACGUCAGGAGGACGUAGUUGUACAACCCCGUCCUGCACGUUGACAUUGACCAGUCCCUGCGGACACCGGAGGAUCUGACUGGAAUCUCUCAGGUCAGGAGGGCAGGAUGGGAGCCUCUCUGUCCACCCCGGCUGCUCCUACAGUCGCUGCAGAAACCAUGGCAACGGCCAUUCCUCCAGGCUGUCCCAUGCACCAGGAAGCCCAGCCCAAAGCGUCUCCUCCUGCAGAGUGCCCCAUGCAUCAGGCCAAGCCCGCCAACGCGUCUCCACCGUCAGAGUGUCCCAUGCACAGAGCAGAGCCGGGUCCGGUCCACCAGGACCGGGCCUACGAGUUUGUGGAGUGUCCCAUGAAAGCAGCAGGCGUGAAGAGCGACAUUGAUCCAGCAAAUAUGAUGCCUCCUCCCAACCAAACGCCGGCUCCAGACCAGCCCUUCCACCUGUCCGUGUCCAGAGAGGAGUCCAACAUCCCCCGUCACGGCGCAGAGAAGAACUGGGUCUACCCGUCCGAGCAGAUGUUCUGGAACGCCAUGCUGCGGAAAGGGUGGCGGUGGCGUGAUGACGACCUGGCUCCUCAUGACAUGAGCAACAUCAUUAAGAUCCACAACAAGAACAACGAGCAGGCCUGGCAGGAGAUCCUGAAGUGGGAGGCCCUGCACGCACGCGAUUGUCCCUGUGGACCCAUGCUGAAGAGGUUCGGAGGGAAGGCCAAAGAGUUCUCGCCCCGGGCCCGACUCCGCCACUGGAUGGGCUACGAGCUGCCCUUCGACCGCCACGACUGGAUCAUCGACCGCUGUGGGAGGGAGGUCCGCUACGUCAUCGACUACUACGAUGGAGAAGUCAACAAAGACACGUACCAGUUCUCCAUCCUGGACGUGCGGCCAGCGUUCGACUCCAUAGACGCCGUGUGGGACCGCAUGAAGGUGGCGUGGUGGCGCUGGACCUCCUGAAGACCGGACACGCAGCAGCCACGAGCACGCCGGCUCCAGGACUCACCGCUUUCUUCUCCUGCUCUUGGAACCAGGCAUGUUUAAAAUGAUAAAGUUUAGGCUAACGGUUCCGUCUCAUCAUCUGAUCCUGAGCUUUGCAGCCGACGGUCCGUUAAUAUGUGUUUAAGAUGUUGGGGGUUGGACAUUUGUCCAGCAGGUUAGAGACACUAGAGCUGUUUGUUUUAGGUGUGCUGCUGUGAAGCAUUUCCAUCCGCUGCAGGUCCCAGGUCUGCAGCCGCUUUCACAGAACUUUAUUCAGUUUUGCUUAAAAGAUAUGACAUAUUUUUUGUUUGGGAAAAGUCCAAAAGCCUAAAAGCAGCAGGUGCUCCCCCUCUGCACAAUCACAUAUUUUUGCGUUUAGUUUGGGCAGAUUAAUAGCUAGAAGGGAAGGGGAGGUGGGCCUGACUUUUCACUGUCUUAGAUUUGAAAUGCAGCCACAUUAAAGUUCUGACGUUACAUUAUUGUUUUAAAAUCUGCGGUUUCCAAACAGCUUUGAGCCCGUCAAGCUGCUGCAGACUGCUACCUGGAAAAGCUGGAUCUAAACUAUUAAAAGGGUAAAUGAUUGUGAAGAAUAAACCUUCCUCUGAGUUGGAGUAUCACUGCUUUUGUUUUGCAAACCUUUUCCUAAUCAAAGACGUUCCUGUUCACACAUAAAAUCCUAAAUAGUUGGAGCUGCAUGAGUGAACAGAAACGGCUCCAGCCGUCGUACCGGCCGUUUGUUGGGGUUAAUGAUGAGCUCCGUGUAGGCCGGACAGAUGAGGGGGAAAACUCCAGCAGCAAUAACGUCUAGUCUUAACGCACCAGGGUGGACGUGGGCCGUGCAGUCAAAGCUUCUGCUGAACCUGGAGAUGUUAGACGGGUUUUUCAUCACCUGUGAAUGAAUUUCUCUGAGAUAAAUUGCAUUUAAUUAUGAUUUGUUUGCCAUAGUGUAACAUUUCAGCUUCAUCAUCUUCAAACUGUCUCUCUGCAGAUAUUCAGGAUUAUUUAUUGUAAAGGUCUGUCAUGAAGUGUUCAAAUGAUUUUCUGUGGACGCAAGUGAAUUCAUCCUGCUUGUCCAGCAACUAUUUUACUAGUGUUGAAACUGUUAAUAAAGCCAGUCCUGUUCUGUC